AUGAACAGACUUGCCUGCACCGUGCCAAGAAGAAUCGCCUCUCCUUUUUUUCUGCGGGGCGGGGGAAGCAAACACGCCCAGCACAUUUUAACACAAGACGCUCUGUUCCACAGUGUACCACAGGCGCAUACGGAACACGCCCUUCCGGGGGAGACACGCGGGGUCCAUCCCGCGCCCGGGGCGCUCCCGGCGGAAGCGGCAGAAGGGGUGGGGCGUGCAGCCAUGGCGGCGGAGCAGCGGCGGGACCUGGAGCGGCUCUCGGCACUGGCCGUGUACCGCCGGGUGGCGGGGGCCGGGCGGAUGGAGCGGCGCCGCCGCGGGGCCCCGCUGCCCGCGGGCUGCAAGCGGGCCAAGGCCCGCCCGAGGCGCCGCCGGGCGGGAGGCGGCGGCUCGAAACCGGAGGCGCCGCCCGCCGCGCCCCCGAGCCGCGUGGAGACCCUCGUGGAGCCCCGGCCCGGAGCGGCGGCCGCCGAGCCUGACGCCAAGCCGCCGGGCGGCCCCGUGUCGAUACCGGCCCACCCGCGGCCGGCGGGCGAGGACGGCGGCGGUGUGUCGGGGCUGCUGCGGCGGCUGGCGCGGCUGGAGGACAGCCGGCAGCGGGCGGCCGAGCUCUUCCGCUGGCUGCUGGCCCCGGUGGCGCCGGCGGAGUUCCUGGGGCGGCACUGGGAGCGGGCGCCGCUGCUGGUGCGGCGGGGCGACCCCCGCUACUACGCGGGGCUUUUCUCCACGGCCGACUUCGAUGCCGCCCUGCGAGGCGGAGAGGUUCAGUUCGGCACGCACCUGGAUGUGACCAGCUAUGCCGAGGGCGUGCGGGAGACACACAACCCCUCCGGUAGAGCCCUGCCCGCCGUCGUGUGGGACUUCUACCAGAACGGCUGCUCCCUGCGCCUCCUCUGCCCGCAGGCCUUCUCCCCYACCGUCUGGGACUUCCUCUCCAUCCUGCAGGAGCAGUUUGGCAGCAUGGCAGGGGCCAACACCUACCUCACACCCCCAGGGACGCAGGGCUUUGCCCCCCACUAUGAUGACAUCGAGGCCUUCGUGCUGCAGCUGGAGGGGAAGAAGCACUGGCGUGUCUACAGCCCCCGGAUGGAUGCUGAGGUGCUGCCCCAGUUCUCCAGUCCAAAUUUCACACAGGCUGAGCUUGGCGAGCCUGUGCUGGAAACGGUGCUGGAGGCUGGAGACCUGCUGUACUUCCCCCGUGGCUUUAUCCACCAGGGCGAUUGUCUCCCUGAUGCACAUUCACUCCACAUCACUGUGUCUUCCUUCCAGAGGAAUUCCUGGGGGGACUUUCUGGAGAAGCUCCUCCCAGCUGCCCUGCAGAUGGCCCUGGAGGAAGAUGUGGAGUAUAGACGAGGGCUUCCCAUGGACUACCUGCAGUAUAUGGGGGUCGCUAACUCAGAGACAGUCAAUGCUCACCGAACGGCCUUUGUGGAGAAGGUGAAGAGCCUGAUAAAGAAACUUGUUGACUAUGCACCCAUCGAUGCUGCUGUGGAUCAGAGAGCCAAGUCGUUUCUUCAUGACUGUCUCCCUCCAGUACUCACACAAAGUGAAAAGGCACAGAGUGUCUAUGGCUUCCCGGCCCGAUGGCAAGAGGGAGGCCCCUGCAAUGUUGAUAUCCUGGUGACAAAAGACACUGAAGUACGCCUACUCCGUCAUGGUAUUGUUAGACUGUGUAAUGAAGAAGCAGGUGUGAUGCUGUACUACACAACAGAAAACUCAAGAGUGUAUCAUAAGGAAGAACCCAAGUUCCUUGAGCUAGAUCCCGAGUAUACAGACAGUAUCGAAUUUCUCCUAUCUUCCUAUCCAAAUUAUGUCAGUGUGGAUAACCUUCCAUGUGAAACCUUGGAGGAAAAGAUUUCUCUAGCUACACUUCUCUUUGAGAAGGGUAUUCUGACUACAAAGAAGCCUCUGGCACAAGUCUAACUCUUAUUUUUUCACAAAAUAAAAGUACAUUUGUU